AUGGGGCUAUGUAAAUGUCCUAAACGAAAAGUGACUAAUUUAUUCUGUUACGAACACCGAGUGAACGUUUGCGAGUUUUGUUUAGUGGAUAAUCAUCCAAAUUGUGUUGUUCAAAGUUAUCUCAACUGGUUAACAGAUUCUGAUUAUGAUCCAAACUGUCAAUUAUGUCAGCAGCCUUUACAAGAAGGAGAAACUAUACGUUUAAACUGUCUACAUCUCCUCCAUUGGAGAUGUUUCGACGACUGGGCUGCCGGUUUUCCUGCAACAACGGCCCCAGCAGGAUAUCGAUGCCCAUGUUGCAACAAAGAAGUGUUUCCGCCAAUUAAUGAAAUUUCUCCACUCAUUGAAAAAUUACGAGAGCAACUAAAACAGUCGAACUGGGCACGUGCCGCCCUUGGCCUUCCAGUGCUUCCGGAACUCGCACGUCCUGUAACUGUACCGAAACAAGUUUAUAAUCCGCCAACACUGCCAAAUAACGUUUCACAAAAUCCAUCGUUUAAUCGCUCAUCAACGCCGGCAACUCAUUUAGAAAUGGAAGACCUUUCUGGUUAUUCUGCUUCAAAUGCUGAUGUCACAUUUGCGAGAAAGAAAAACGCAGCAUACAAUCAAGAGUCGGACACUCAACCGCUAAUUGAAAAUGAUCGUGAUGAUGAAUCUAACAAGUAUAAAAGGCGCCCGGUUGGAGAAUGGGCAAAAGGAUUGUGGAAGGCGAAAUAUGGUUCAAAUGUUCCUCAGGACCGACUAUCUGGAAGGAAGAAAAUUCUCUUCAUUAUAUUCUUAGCUUUUAUUGUGCUUUUAACGCUAUUCAUAGUGUUGAAACGUGCGGGUAUUUCUGGAGAGAACGAUCCUAUGUUUGAUCCAAUGGCGAAUCCAAACAUUCGUGUUGCACUAGAGGACUCAAGACUUGCACAUAUAUAA